AUGUUUACUGUCGGCGCCGUCGAUGAUAGCAAUCUUGUCGACAACAAAACAACAACUCUGGUGCCGACAACUACUACUACUGUCAUCGAUGAUGACUACAAUGACAACGACGACUCGGAAGAUGACAUCAAUGGUAACAACAACAACAACAACAGCACCACCGAUGCUGAGACCAUCAUCACCGGUGAUGAUGAGGACAACAAUGAAGAAUCAGAAUUUCGCGAACCACGAGAUCCGUCAGAAUUUAUGGACUAUUUCGAUGAUCUAAUGGGUCGGACACGUGUCCGACUCGAAGAACUAUUUGAACAAUAUAUGCCACAACUGAUACAAAUGAGUUCAACAGUCCAACUGUCCCCACAGUGUACAUUGGAUGCCAUUAGGAUACUUAUGGGACUAAGAAAAUUGCAGCCCUGGGCUAUCAAAAUGUUGGACUCGAGCGGCAAAGUUCCCGACGGUAUACUCGGCGGAACACUGACAGCGUUGGGCUCUUACGAUGAUUGUCUGGAGUCCCGAAUCGGCGACGACCAGACCGAUACCGACAACACCAAAGGCCAGUACUGUGCCAUAAAUGUUAGGCCAUAUUUGCCACCAAAACCGCCGCUUCAUUUGCUUGAGAAGGAGUUCAACGACGCCGCCGAUGCCAAAGGUUUUGCUAAGGAACACCAUUUCGCGCGAAUCGCACCGUUAUUCUACUAUUUGCGACUCCGGUUGGGUAUCUGUGUGCCGGCCAGCUGUCAGAUGACUGAUAUGGAUCUCAUAACCAAAAGAAUAUCUUAUAGAUUUCGGGUCAACGUUUCCGUACAACAUUGCGAUAUCAAACCCGAAUCGUUUGCCAUCGAAAGCGACCAAUACGGGCCACUGGCAGUCAUAGCCGGGUUGCUAAUAGUCAUAGCCAGUGCCACAAUCUACGAUACAAUGGUUGGUGGUGAUGGAUAUGAUAGCAGUGGCCAAACAACAACAUUGUCUUCAUCGUCGACAACCACAACUGUCGUCUACAAAAUACGCAAAUUUCUGGCCAAUUGUUUCCUAACGUUUUCGGUACGACUGAACAGUUCAAUCAUUAUGUCCACUGCCACUACCAACGUAUCGGCCAAUCAUCAUAUCAGACCGUUAAACGGCUUGCGAGUGAUUAGUCUGGUUUGGAUAAUGAUAGCCCACACCUAUAUGACACUUGACUAUCGGGCCACCGGUCGACUGAUUACAACCAAAGAGCUGCCAAAAGGACUGAUAUUUCAGACAAUACUGAACGCUUCGCUGGCCAUCGAAACCUUUUUCUUCCUGAGCGGACUACUGGUCACUUAUAACUGUAUUAUACGUAUGAAUCAAUCAAACCGUUAUUGGCGUCUAACCGAUUGGCUAGUCUUCUAUAUACACCGUUAUAUUAGGCUAACUCCAGAAUCAUCGGGGGUGGCUAUAAAAAAAAUUUAUAAAACAGCAAUUAUGCUAUUGAUAGUCAUAUUCCUGUUUGGCUACCGUCUGGGCAAUGGUCCCCUUUGGCAGGAACUCAUAUAUCCGACUGCACAUAAAUGCCGGGACAAUUGGUGGACACAUUUACUAUAUAUUAGCAAUUUUAUUAAUGGCAAAGAUAUGUGUUUUCUACAUUUAUGGUACAUUGCAGCCGAUAUGCAGCUAUUUAUACUUACGCCAAUAUUUUUGGCUAUUUUGCACAGACACGCCUACCUGGGACAAUUGUUACUAAUUAUAUCAAUUGUCUUAUCAAUCCUAUCAUCAGGAAUUAUAACCUACAUAGAGGACUUACCGCCUACACUGUUAUUUAAUAAUCCGGAUCCAUCUGCUCGACGACUAUAUGGCAAUCUAUUAUUUGUUAAACCCUAUCCGCACGCCGCCCCCUAUGUAGUGGGAAUGUUGACCGGCUAUCUACUCUACCAGUACUCCCAUAUCAAACUGUCCCUAAAAGUCAAAUCAAUUGGCUGGCUAUUGGCUACAAUGGUCGUAGUGUUGGAAAUAUUUGGCACUUGGAUCUGGAACAGUGGCCACUCGGAACCAACCAGAUUGGUGUCGACACUCUAUGCCGGCCUAUCCAGGACUCUAUGGGCACUGGCUAUGGCCUGGAUUAUAGUUGCCUGUCAUAAUGGGUUUGGAGGUACAUUAAAUUCAAUACUGAGUGCAUCAAUGUUUGUGCCAUUAAGUAGACUAUCAUAUGUUGCUUAUUUAAUACAUCCGGGAAUGAUGUAUGUGUUUAUUGCCAGCACUCGUAAUGUCUACGCUUUUAGCCAUUAUUUUGUGAUACAAUUAUUUUUCUCACAUUUGACCACUACAUACAUUGUGUCAUAUCUGUUAGCACUGGUCAUUGAAUAUCCGUUUGUAUCGUUGGAGACUAUAGUCUAUAAAAAGUUAUUUAGCAACACCAGCACCGGUAGCUACAGUAGCAGUACUAGUAGUAGUAUCAGCCAUAAUAAUAAGCCACGGCUGUAUGCCGUAACCAGUGUCGAUUCGACGGCCAGUGGCCAAUAUUUUAUUAGCAACAAUAGUGGCCAACAAGACAACAAUGAAAACAACGAUAGACCUCAUAAUAGGCAACAAUUUUUUGGCGAUAAAUACAUUAAUACAUUGACAUCUAAAGUAAAGUAA